AUGAAGAUGAGACGCUACAAGCUCUUUCUCAUGUUCUGUAUGGCCGGCCUGUGCCUCAUCUCCUUCCUGCACUUCUUUAAGACCCUGUCCUACGUCACCUUCCCCAGGGAACUGGCCUCCCUCAGCCCCAACCUCCUGUCCAGCUUUUUCUGGAACAAUGCCCCCGUCACGCCCCAGGCCAGCCCGGAGCCGGGGAGCCCCGACCUGCUGCGCACCCCACUCUAUUCCCACUCGCCCCUGCUCCAGCCGCUGUCCCCGAGCAGGGCCGCCGAGGACCUCCACCGCAUGGACUUCGUGCUCCCCGAGGACACCACCGAGUACUUUGUCCGCACCAGGGCCGGCGGCGUCUGCUUCAAACCGGGCACCAGGGUGCUGGAGAAGCCGCCGUCCGGGGAGAAGACGGAGGGGGGCGACGGCUCGUUCGCCAGGGGCCCCGCCCGGCACCUGCUGAGCACCCGGGAGCGCACGGGGGGCCGGGGCCCGCGGCGCAAGUGGGUGGAGUGCGUGUGCCUGCCGGGCUGGCACGGGCCCAGCUGCGGGGUGCCCACCGUGGUGCAGCACUCCAACCUGCCCACCAAGGAGCGCCUGGUGCCCCGGGAGGUGCCGCGGCGGGUCAUCAACGCCAUCAACAUCAACCACGAGUUCGACCUGCUGGACGUGCGCUUCCACGAGCUGGGCGACGUGGUGGACGCCUUCGUGGUGUGCGAGUCCAACUUCACGGCCUACGGGGAGCCGCGGCCGCUCAAGUUCCGGGAGAUGCUGGCCAACGGCACGUUCGAGUACAUCCGGCACAAGGUGCUGUACGUCUUCCUGGACCACUUCCCGCCGGGCGGCCGGCAGGACGGCUGGAUCGCCGACGACUACCUGCGCACCUUCCUGACGCAGGACGGCGUGGCCCGGCUGCGCAACCUGCGGCCGGACGACGUGUUCAUCAUCGACGACGCGGACGAGAUCCCCGCGCGCGACGGCGUGCUGUUCCUCAAGCUCUACGACGGCUGGACAGAGCCCUUCGCCUUCCACAUGCGCAAGUCGCUGUACGGCUUCUUCUGGAAGCAGCCGGGCACGCUGGAGGUGGUGUCGGGCUGCACGGUGGACAUGCUGCGCUCGGUGUACGGGCUGGACGGCAUCCGCCUGCGCCGCCGCCAGUACUACACCAUGCCCGCCUUCCGGCAGUACGAGAACCGCACGGGCCACAUCCUGGUGCAGUGGUCGCUGGGCAGCCCCCUGCACUUCGCCGGCUGGCACUGCUCCUGGUGCUUCACCCCCGAAGGCAUCCACUUCAAGCUCGUGUCCGCCCAGAACGGGGACUUCCCGCGCUGGGGCGACUACGAGGACAAGCGGGACCUCAACUACAUCCGCAGCCUGAUCCGCACCGGCGGCUGGUUCGACGGCACGCAGCAGGAGUACCCGCCCGCCGACCCCGGCGAGCACAUGUACGCCCCCAAGUACCUGCUGCAGAACUACCACCGGUUCCGCUACCUGCUGGACAACCCCUACCAGGGCCCCAGGAGCACGGCGGAGGGCGGGCCGCGGAGCAGGGGCGGCGAGGGGAGGCCCCCCGCCAGGGCCAGGGCGGAAGCGGUGGAAGGCUAA